AUGACCGCCGGACCGACACCAAGAUCCCCGUGGAAGAUUCUGGCGACGAGACCGAAGAGAUCAGCUCCUCAGGGUCUGAAUUGGCAGAGGAUGAAGACGGCCGCCCGAAACCAAAGCGGCCCCGUCCCGAUCCUCCUCCCUGAUCCCCAUGCAGCGAUCGGCUAUGCCCUGGAGAUCGAGAUGGAAAAGAAGGACUGGAAAGCACUGAUUGCAAAGCCCAAGAAGUCCCACAUAUGGCUUAGCAAGCGCAUGCAGGAGAAGGGGAAGGAGCACAACUGGUCCCUGACUGCAAGCGAACUGGCCGGGAUCAAGCCCGAGAGAGUGAUGCAAAUGAGGUGGGUGCUAACCACCAAAUCAUCAGGCCUUGCCAAGGCGAGACUGGUGAUCCUCGGGUACCAGUCGCCGACCCUCUUGACACCACAGAGUUCGUCCCCGACUCUCUCGAGACUGGGCAAGUUCCUCUUGCUGACCACCGUGGCCAAUUGUCAGUGGAUUUUAGAAUCUGCCGAUGUUACCUCGGCGUUCCUCCAGGCCAUGUCCAAUUUGGAGGCCGAUGACCUCUACGUGUAUGCACCAUCGGAACUCGGUGCAGCUUUUGGAGGUUCGGGCCAAGAUGAUCGGACAAUCCUCAAGGUCCUUCGUGCCUUUUACGGCUUAGUGGACAGCCCAAGGCGAUGGCACGAGACGGUCACCAAGGUCUUGGAGCAGCAAGGAUGGAAACCUCUCUCGGCGGACCGCUGCGUCUACGUGUUGUUCGACAAGAAGACCGGCGAGCUCUGUGGCAUCGCCGGGGUACACGUGGACGACUUCUUGGUCGCUGGAAACCGGAACUCAGCAACCUAUGCCAAAGCCCGAGAGGACCUCGAGAAUGCAUUCACUUGGGGCCGAUGGGAGCAAGGCAAGUUUGAGUUCGCUGGCUGCGACCUGGAGCAAAAGAGCGAUGGUUCCAUUACUUUGGGACAGGAGACCUACACGCAGAAGUGGAUCGAGGAGGCUCCUUUGACUGAGGAGCGUGCCCGGCAGAAGAACAGUCCGUUGACCGCGCGCGAGAUCGGUCACCUUCGCGGUGUCCUUGGAACGCUGGCGUGGCGCUCGACGCAGACAAGCCCGCAGUUUUCGGCGGAGGCAGGCUUGCUGUUGAGUGAAGUUGGGCAGGCCACUGUGGACACACUGGUCCGGGCAAACCGCCUGGUCGGUGAAGCUCGGCGAACCGCCGAGCAGACUCUUGUCUUCCAUGCGUUCGGAAGACCGUGGAAGGACCUGGUGGCCAUCGUGUGGGCGGAUGCUGCGCAAAACAACCGGCCCAAGAAGGGCAGCACCGUGGGCAUCGUAGGAGCUCUUGCUCCUCGAGAAAUUCUCCAAGGGGAGAAGACUCCACUGAAUGUGGUGUCAUGGCGAUCGACAAAGGCCCCCAGGGAGAGCCUUGGAUCGAAUGGCUCCGAGGUGCAGGCCAUUACCGUUGGCGAGGACCUCGUCUACUUGAUUCGUGCCAUGUGGAUGGAAUUCAACGGAGUUGCCCCUCAGCGAGGCAAGUUGAACCAGCUCAUCCGUGAGCACACCACCGGCGCUCUGGUGAUGGACUCCCGUGGGAUCUUCGAUGCCAUGACCCGGAACACCUCGGCGCUGCACGGUUUGAGGAGCUCCCGGGCAGGAUACGAGCUCACGACUUCAGUGAGCCAAGCCGUCGAGGCCGGCACGAUUUUACGAUGGGUGGCUGGCACCGAGAUGAUCGCUGAUGCCCUGACGAAGGCUUCCGCUCGAAAGGUGUUUCUACAACUCCUCUCCCAACGUCAAGAGUGGCGGCUGGUCUACGACCCAGAUUUCACAGCAGGCCGCAAGUUGAACAAGCGGGAACACGAAAAGCGUGUUCAAGAACUCUCCGCUAAUUUUCUGGCUGCCCUCCAGCAAUUUGCAGAGGAGCAGAGACUUCCGUGGGGCACUGCUGAAGCAAAGCCCGAAGAGGAAGACUUGAUGUCUCAAUCUGAGUGCAUCAUGUCAGCACCCGACCGCAGGGCAAGGGCGUGUGUGCCUCCUUCACAAAGCGGCUCUGCGCUCUUGUGGGGGGGACUACGCUCCAGCAACUGGCAGCUCACCCACGAAGCGACCGACGCAGCAGAAGAGGCGGAGGCCGUGAUCCAGACGCUCCUGGGGCAUGGGGAGAAGGCCAACAGAGAGCCGAACGAGGGGGAGAACCGCAACGACGAGCUCUACGUGGCGAAGGGGGAAGCCCAGCAGCUGACCGCGGCGGCACUGGGGGAGCUCGACGCAUGGACCCGCAGUUACUGGGGAAGCGACGUGGAACUGGUCAGCGACGACGGGGAGACGACGGGGGGGAAACCGGUGAGUGCAGUGAACUUCUCCUGCUUGCUGCGCGGCGGCAUCUGCACCUUCACCUGGCAGGAUUUGCUGGGAUGGAAGGGCCACCAGCAUAGCCAGUUGAGCAGUCCUGACCACCGUGUUGUAGUGGCGCCGGACCACCACACGAGGCUUGACAUCGACAUGGGUGAAGCGGGCUUCGGCAUGUUCGGAGAUGACGCGCGACCCGGCAUCAUGGUUGUCUCCCGCUGUGGCGUGGUGCAUAGUUUCAUCGAUGUCCUGUCAAUGGGGAUUUCGGAGUACUGUUUUAGUCUGCUUCGUGGCAGAAUCGCUGUGCAUGAGAAGCGAUGCCUGAAGUACUUCAUCAUGGAUCGAUCGGCUGGGAGAGGGGCAGUGGUGACAGUGGCGCGAGAUACUGUCUUGUGGAGGCAUCUGGAAGACACUGGCGAAGAUCUUACGGCGAUGUACCAAGAGAUGAAAGACAAGAAAGAACAAGAGCAGGCCCAGCGCCGGAGAGAAGAAUCGGAAAAGAAGAAAGAGAUGAAGAAGCAACAGCGUGAGCAGCACAUCGAAAAUUUUCGUGCUGUGUACGGCGCCCUAACUGGAUCACUCGUCAUGGCUUUGCCGGGCUGGAGCGGUGAGGCGAAGCUUCAAGAGAACUGUGGACAGCUCUGCUCUUCCUACUACGAUCCAGAAGGCCGUUCCUGGAAACUUCUCAAAGACAUCGAGGCACACUUCGGGUCGCUGAUGGAACAGGGGAAGCAGGACACAUUUCCCGAUUUCGAUGCGGCACGCGAUUCCCAGGCCACCGACGAGAAUGGCAAAGUCAUCAACAUCGCCAGGCAGCAGAACCAAGUAGAAGCAUGGACGCGGGAGCAAAAGCCGCCAGAGUCAAAGGAGAAGCCCAGGAAGCGAAAGAGGGAGUUGAAGAUGGUGGACUAUGGCCACUAUAGAGAAACCAGCCAUCUGAAGCUCUUCGACGUUUCCGAGAUGACCGAGAAAGCGAUGGAACGAGAAAGGCUCCCGGAUGGGCCAGCUCUCCAGAAAGAGGCUCAAAGGCUCCUGCAGCUGCUGAUCCAACGGGGACUUCCCGAGACCACGCAGAUCCUCUAUAUGCGGGGCAGCGGGAAGAAGGCUGCUGGAUCGAAGCUGAUUCGUGCUAUGUCGGGAUGGUACUUCAGGAGGCCGUUUGAGGUGGCCGAUCGGUCCUGUUACCAGCACGUCAGACUUAUUGGGGGAAAGCCAGUCUGCAGCGAGGCUCACGUGUUCUGGAGUGCUCACUACAGCCUCUGGAAGUUGGGAGCCUUGACGGACGACAAGGCCAGCGGACUGGGGUCAGUGGUUCGAGUGAUCCGGUCUCGAGUUCAGACGUUGGAGAAUGGGCAGAAGCGUGCAGAAGCUGACGGAGCCCUGGAAGCUUUACGUCGGCAAGGGCUUGUUGGGCGAGUGCGUGCCUUCCCAAGUGCUUGUGUUGACUUACCUUGGGUGGACUCAGCCUAUGGCACGGGCGAGCUGAGUGCUGUGGGUAUGGAGCUCGGAGGCCGCCCGAGACCAGGCAGCAUUUGGGCGGUGCUCUCACUUCCACGAGGGCAAGGUCUCUUCUGGGCACAAGGCUUUCAGCAGAUCACAGAAGUCAAAGGGCCCUCCAAGUGGCAGGCACGGGAGGAGGCUGAGCAGCUCUCUGCCUCCAGAGCUCAGCAUGUCCAAGAGUAUGCAUUAGAAAACGGUCCAAUAAACGGUCGGAUUAUUGCCACGUCUUUCGAAGCAAAGGGAACGGCCGCGAACGGAAGCCUCCUCACCCAGAUUUCGGGUGAUUCCAUGUUCCUCGGCAACUACGCACAAGAUUUGUUGUUGUGCCGAGGCUAUCUGCUUCUGCUAGCACUGCCUGUCGUGUGGGCGGCUAUCACUGAGCGCAGGAGACAGCAGGAUGACGUUGAUCAGGGUGAUGCUGAGGACGAGGUCAGUCAAGACGGCAACGACGUAGAGUCUGCAGCUGAAUUCCUCUCUGGCGGACCUGACGUCCGCGUCCUCUUCAGCAUCCAGACGGCAGCGCACAAUGUCGCAGCGAUCCGCGCUGCUGCGGAGACAUGGGCCUCUGCUGUGCCUCCAGGGCAGCUGCAGGUGAUCGGCAUGAGCGAGCCGAAGCAUUGGGAGAUGAAGGGCAUGCUCUGGGACAAGUCCGACUGUCCUGAUACGCACUCCGGGGGUGCGUGCAAGGAUUUCACAGCAUUGUCGAAUGCGUGGCAAAGUGGUUUUGAUUGGGUGGUGCUUCUGGGUACGGACAACUAUGCCGUGGCCAAGAACAUCAAGGCGGCGCUAGCUUCCCGGAGCCCUUCCACUGCAGAGGUCCUCGGCAUUCGUGGUUGUGGGAAGUGCAAGGCUGGUGGCCUUUGUGGAGGUGGAGGUCAGAUCUUUAGCCGUGGCGCAUUGGAAAAGAUGGUUGGGCAGGGGAAAGAGUCCUACAUGAGGGAAUCCAUGAAGGAGGCAAGCGCCUGUGGCAUGUGGGGUGACGUGUCAAACUGCCGGGUUGCGGCGGCACACCAUGUUCCCGUCCACGAUUUGCCUGGACUGCAUGGAUGGAGAUUGGAUGAUGAGGAGCUGCAGCAGGCCCUUCUAUCUCCAUACCCACCGCCGCUGACAUUCCACUACCUGCAGAUUGACGAGAUUCGUGCGCUCCACGCCAUGGUUGCUUCCAACCAUGAGUCGUUCUUCGAGAGCGUGACGGGUCUACAGGCACAGGGCCUGUCGAGAUGGUAUGCCCGUCGGGACCGAUAUGUGGCCGCUCCCUGGCCAUCAAACGGCUGUAAGGCUUUUUUGUGA